UGAGUGACAGCUUAUCUUUGCAAUAAGUAUGUUAUUUUAUCAAACAAGCCUAGCACAUGUCAUCUUAGAAAAUUGGACAAAACAAUAAAAUUAUACAUUAAAGGAAAAAAGUCAGAAAAGAAAAACAGGUUGAUAAUGUGAGAUUGAAGGGAGAAAAAAAAAAGUGAGAAAAUGGUGAGCGAAGGAGCAAUUGUAACAGCAGCAAUGGUUACAGUUCAGUUCCUCGAAAUGGGUGGUAACACUCUUAUCAAAGCAGCCACCAACGAUGGAAUGAGUAUUUAUGUUUUCACUUUUUACUCAAACCUUCUUGCUCUAUGUUUCCUUCUACCAUCCACUCUUUUCUACCACAGAAAAAGACCUCCUCCUCCAAUUUCAACAUCAAUUUUCUGCAGAAUGUUUCUUCUUAGUUGCCUAAGUACUUCAGUGCAGAUUUUGAUGAACACUGGAAUUAGAUACAGCUCUCCCACCUUGUCAUCUGCUAUGGUUGACCUUGUCCCAGCUUUUACUUUCAUACUUGCUGUAAUUUCAAGGAUGGAAAAUCUAAAUUUAAAACAACAUAGCAGCCAAGCUAAAAUUAUUGGUACAAUUGUGUCUAUAGCAGGGGCAUUAACUGUUACUUUAUAUAAAGGGAUACCAUUGAUUAGUGAUGGUUUUAAAAAUAUAAAAAUGGGAGCAAGUGAUAUGUAUCUGACAGGGCAUCCAGAAUGGAUACUUGGUGCUUUUCUUCUUGCAACUGCUAGCUUUUGCCUUUCUGUUUUAUUUAUUGUUCAGACUUGGAUUAUCAGAGAUUAUCCAGAAGAAUUAGUGGUAACAACCAUUUGUUGCAGUUUGGUGGUAAUCCUAUCAGCAAUUGUAGCUUUCAUUGCAGAGGGAAAUUCUAGAGUUUGGAUACUGAAACCUGAUAAGGAGUUACUAACUAUAUUUUAUUCAGCAAUAUUUGUGGUGUCAAUGAGGAGUGUUGUAUAUGCAUGGGCAUUCCGUAAGAAAGGACCAAUAUAUGUAGCUAUGUUCAAUCCUUUAGGAAUGGUCAUUGCACUUGCUAUGGGACUAAUAUUUUUGGGAGACAAUCUUUAUCUUGGAAGCAUGAUUGGAGCUGCUAUAAUAGCCAUUGGAUUUUAUGCUGUGAUGUGGGCACAAGCUCAAGAGGAACACAAAACAUGUCAAAAUAAUAUUUCCACAUCCUCUUUGGCCCCUCUUUUGUCUGAUUGAUUUUAUAAUAAGUGUAAUUUGCUAUUGUUUCAUUAUUAAAAAAAAGGAAGAAGAUUCUUUCAUUGAUAUUGUAGUCAACUUUUUUUACUUUACUUAAUCGUAACUAGGGUGUGUUUGUUUGAUUGGUUAAAUUUACAAUUUUGAGAAUGUUAUUUUUAAAAAUGUUAUUGUUGAGAAAUUCUCAUCAAUUUAUUUGACAAGUUAUUAAGGUUUCUAUGAAUAUUUUA